UAUAUUUAGUUACGGUAAAACAUAGUCGUUCAUAGAUUUACGGUCAAACAUAAGUAGUUCAUAGAUUCUGAAUUUUCCAUAGGCAACGGAGGGGACAAAGGACGAGAAGUGAAAUAUGAGUAUGCCAAUUACUGCUUCUACAACAAUUUGCUAUGAAGGUGAAGUUCUGGACCGUCUACUCACAGGGAUUAAGAGGGAGAUAGCGACAGCCAGAAACUCAGACAUAGCUUUACCUGAGAAAAUUUGGUUUAAGCAACAGUUUUCGGUAGGGGUGAAUGAAGUAACGCGGGUGCUUGAGAGAAUGCCCCCCAUUCCUGCAAAUCAACGCUCAUCACUAUCGGCUAAAUUGCAUUCUACUCGACUUCAGGUAAUACUAAUAGCAUCUGAUUGUCAUCCACGGUUACUGACCAAACAUCUGGAAAGCUUGGCUAAUUCAAAAAAGGUACCAGUUGUAUUUGUCAAAGACAAGAAAAGAGGUUCUUUGAGAUUGGGUGAACUGAUAAAACUUAAAACUGCAAUUGCCAUUGGCGUGAAGGAUAAAGGAAACCAGUUCAAUCAAUUUGUCAGCACCGAAAUGCUUUCAUAACUCUUCAUA